CUGGUCAGUCUGAGAAGCAGCUGUUCGGGGCUGGUGAAAUUCCAACAUGGCAGUGGCUGUGGUCAGUGUUUCCUGCGUUCACUCGGGAUGGCUUCAGCUCGCGCGCAACCCGGCUUAACCCUCGGCUAAAAAGAAACAAAAAAAAAAAACCCUUUCAUCAGCAGCAGCAGACCCUUUCCCGGGAUCGAUGCGACCCUAACACACACACCCCCCCACCACCACCACCGCCGCCACCGCCACCACCACCACCAACCCCACGUGAGAGGUCGACCUGUCGCUAAAAUAACAGCACGAGAUGAUCAGCAGCAGCAGCGUCUAUGGCUUAAAGAUGCAGUGGACCCCCGAGCACAGCCAGUGGGCCGAACAGCACUUCGACAUCUCCUCCACCACGCGCUCGCCAGCCCACAAGGCUGAGGCCUACAGGGCGGUGCCUGGCCACCUGCAGCGCUCAGCCGCCUACCAGUACGCCUGGGCCAAUGACGACAUCUCGGCCCUCACCGCCUCCAACCUGCUCAAGAAGUAUGCCGAGAAGUAUUCCGGCAUUCUGGAGAUGCCGGGCUCCUACUCGGAGGCCCCGGGGGUGAUGAACGGACGCAAAGGGGAAUCGGAGCCCUGGCAGGAUGGCGUUUACCCCAUGAGCUGCAUCCCUGAGGGGGUCUCUAUCCGAAAGGGAGGGAUGGCGGCGGCCUCAGAGGUGGUGUCUGGCAUGUGCAGCUCCCCGGGCCUGGCCUCCAGCACCCUGAGCGAGCCCAGCUACUCCAGCAGCAGCUGCGGGAGCCACACCGCCACCGCCCUCCACACCUCCUCCAUGUCCUCUCAGGAAUACGGCCCCCCAUACGGCAGCUCCUACCUGCACAGUAGUUACAGCUCCCAGUCCGCCCAGGCCCCAGCGCUUCCCUCCCCGCUGCACAGCUCUGGGCUCCUGCAGCCGCCGCAUCCGCCCUCCCACCCCACUUUAGUCCCAGCUUACAACGGAGGCUCCCCCAACUUGUCUAGUUAUAAUUACCCCCCAGCAGGCUACCCAGCUCAGAGCUCAGUCGGGCCAGGAUACAGCCCUGGGGGAGCACCCCCUCCAUCCUCAUACCUCCCCUCAGGCAUCGCUGCACCUACACCCCUUCCCCCUUCUUCUGCUUUACCUGGAUACCCAUACCAGAGCCAUAACCUGACCCCAAUCGCCCCCACGCCUCUCAACAGUAGCUCCUCCAACUCACUGAAGAGGAAAGCCUUCUACAUGACCGGCCAAGGGGAGAUAGACUCUGCUUACGCUAACUUUGGCUACGGCCAGGCCCGGAGCUCUGCUGAGAGUCCCAUGUACAGGAUAGCUGACAGCAGCAGCGCAAAUGGAGGCUCCAACAGCGCCGGUGGUGGAUUCGACAGAGGUGCGGAGAAGUCGUCUUUACCUUUUAAUCCUCAGAAGCAGUCCACGAUGUCCUCAGAGCAGCAGCAGAGGAAGUACAGCAGCCAGGCAACAGGUGGUCCGCUGACUCCACCGGCCUAUGUCACCUCCACCCUGGGGGGUUCCCGCUCAACGGAUUCCCUUGGCAGCUUCACCUCCCCUUCCCUCAGUGAGCAAGGCGCUGAUGACCUCCGUCUCCACCUCUCCCACUCGGCGCCAGGGCCUACCUCCUCCUCGUCCACUUCCUCCUCCCGGCCUGCCGAACAGCAGCUAAAAAACAGUGACCCCCACCUCCUGGACAUGGUUACCUCUGAAAUCGUUCAGCAGGGGCCCCCAGUGGAUUGGAGUGACAUUGCAGGACUAGAACUGGCCAAGGCAACCCUGAAGGAGGAGGUCCUGUGGCCCAUCCUGCGCCCGGACAUGUUCAGCAGUUUAGGACCAGUCCCACGUUGCGUGUUGCUGUUUGGCCCCAGGGGCAGUGGCAGGACGUUGCUGGGUCGCUGCCUGGCCAGCCAGCUAGGGGCUCCGUUCCUCCAGCUCAACGGUUCCACGUUGGCCACCAAGUGGCUGGCAGAGGGGGAGAAAAUUAUCCGAGCAUCCUUCCUUGUGGCGCGCUGCCGGCAGCCUUCUGUACUGUUCAUCAGUGAGGUGGACAUGCUGCUGUCGGCACACCUCAGCGAAGAGAGCCCCAUCAACCGGCUGAAGGGGGAGCUCCUUGCCCAGUUGGACUCACUUCUCAUGGGCUCAGGCGAGGACGCAGGCAACCAAGUGUUGGUGGUUUGCUCCACGAGCAGACCCCAGGACAUGGACGAAGGGCUGCGCAGGUACUUUUCUCGGAGGGUCCUGGUGCCCCUGCCGGAUGGCGGAGCCCGACACCAGAUCGUGGGUCAGCUCCUGGCUCAAUCUCAGCACAAAUACUGCUUGAGUGAGGAGGAGCUGGCGCUGCUGGUCCAGCGUACCGAGGGUUUCUCCGGCCUGGACGUGGCCAGACUCUGCCAGGAGGCCCUGGUGGGUCUGUUACACGUCUCUGCACAGGGCAUGGACAUGUCGGGUAUGAUGCCCAGGGGACAGGUCAGGCCCCUCACCUACCAGGACUUUGAGAGUGUCUUUUGUAAGUUCCAAGCCAGUAUAUCACAGAAAGAGAUUGACACGUACACUGAGUGGAACAAAAUGUUCGGCUGCAGCCAGUGAAAAGAUAGAUUCCGCCCUUGAGAAAAAAGAGGCAUCCACAAUUCCUCCCCUCAGGGCAGAAGCAUUGUGCUGGAGGGAAAGGCACACAGAAGGCCAACACAAGCCCACUGAGUUCUCACAGGCAGGGUUUUAGACGCGCCGGGAGACCUGGUUUCAUGAGACAACUGGCAGGUCUGCAGUUAACGAGCAAGAGUUUUAAUUUGAAUGCUUGACACUCCAGAAAGCCAGGCAUUGUUUACACAUUGCAAGCAAGUUGGCUUUCAGAAGAGACGCCCCAGUGUCUGUGUAUAUAUAUCGUUACGUUCUUGUUCUUGAGAUUUAGUUGGCUAUCCAAGUGCCUGAAGUGGUGCUUUCUGAUUUUCUUCCUUUGUUUAUUUGCCUCACGAUCUACAUUCAUGGCAUGAGCUGACGAUUAUUAAGAGCUUUAAAACUUCAGCGGCGAGUCUGCAAAAACUGAGAUUGACAAGUCGGUCAAUCGUUCUUUAUUGUCCUGCUAGGAGCAGCAAUCGGUCAGGGCGGCAGUAGUCUGGGCCCUGACUCUCUUCUGAUCCCGUGUCUGCAAAACAAACAAACGUAACAAACAAAACUCAGGAACGCGUUUGUGAAUUGUACAGCACCUCAAGAUAUCUUGACGAAAAAGCACUUAGACCUGAGGGGAGAAUCCGAGGUUUAGUUUAUGUUUAGCGAAGCAGUGUUAGCUGUACCUCCACUGGCUAGGAUAAACAGCAGAGAGGUGACAAUGAAUGUACUAGAUCUUUUCUGGAAUGACGGGACAUAAUCAAAAAGUUAAAACAUUUUUCUUUCUUUUCCUCACAGCAGGUGCUCGAGUUACCUGUUUCUACUUGACCAAUCUUGAAGCUUAUUUCCAUCGCUUUUUAAAAAAACAAUUACAUUUUUGGGGGGUUUCUAAGAGACGAGCAGGUGUCGGGGUGAUGGGAGUUGUAUAUUUAUUAAAACAACCAUAAUCAGCAUUGUUU